GCAUUCCUCGCAGUGCAACGCCGAUUUGUUCUGCUAAGAAAACAUUUCGAACCAUUUAUCCACCUUCCUUCGUCCAAAAACCCGAAUCGAAAAAUUCCUCUUCAUCACAGAUUUCAGUAACAGACCUUCUUCAAAACAAAAAAAUAAACUUGACAGCAAUAAAACGCUCAAUUUAGAUUAUAAAUGAGAGGAAGAAAUUGUCGGUAUUCACUGCUGCAGUGUUGACAAUAAGCAGCCUUGGAGCGUUUGUUGGAAGGAAGGAGUUUUGAAAGCGGAAGCAUACUCCUGGUAUCCGCCACCACCUUCCUCCACCAAGUCGUACCACCGCGGGAGCACUUUGCACCACCCUGAAGACCACACCCGAAACCACCCGCGAGCACCACCUCCCGAGGGUUGUGUACAAAUUAGACGAACAAAAAAAGAAAAACCAUUCAAGUUGGAAGGUAAAAUCUUCUCGGCGGUGAACAGCUUUCUCACUGCGUCGACCUUCGUCAAGGAUAUCCGACAACUGAUUAUGACCCGGCAAACCAACGAUCCAGACGCACCGCAGCAGCAUAACGAGCCAGAAUCAAGCCAGAACACCCAGAGCGACCACAGCAACAACUAUCCAGCCCAACGAUUGGGAGGAACCACCUCGGACUUCAGUGUCAGCUCCGCAGCCAGCAAUCGAAGUAUGCCCCGUCAACAGGAGGACAACCCCAACCAACUGGCCAGCGAGUCUUCCAGCAUUGAUGGAAACGUAUUCGUCGAGGGGGGAACCACAACCGGAACGCACCCCAAAACACGCCGUUCCCACACUUCCGAUUCGAUCACCUCCAGCAAUUUCAACUACAGUUUGAACAGGAGGUUUAUUUCAAAAAAUCAGAUGAAAGAGUUUCGGGAGGCGUUCCGGCUGUUCGACAAGGAUAACGACGGUUCGAUUACAAAGGAGGAGCUGGGAACUGUGAUGAGGUCACUUGGGCAGUUUGCGCGCGUGGAAGAGCUACAAGAAAUGCUGCAGGAGAUUGAUGUAGAUGGUGAUGGAAACGUGAGUUUCGAAGAGUUUGUCGAUAUCAUGUCCAAUAUGACGGAUACUGUGGCGGAAACAUCGGCCGACCAGGAGGAACGAGAACUACGGGAUGCCUUCCGUGUCUUUGACAAACACAACCGGGGUUACAUAACGGCUUCCGAUCUACGAGCGGUUCUUCAGUGCUUAGGUGAAGAUCUGGAUGAGGAAGACAUCGAAGAUAUGAUCAAAGAAGUGGACGUCGAUGGCGAUGGACGGAUCGAUUUCUACGAAUUUGUACACGCUCUGGGCGAACCAGAGGAUUCGCAGGAAAAUGAUGACGAAGAAGAAGCCGUUUCACCCCACUCUCUAUCCUGCGAAGUGCACAACUAAGCACCAUAGAAAUCAAACGCCAACGAAUCGUAUUCCUAUCAAAGUUUUGACAAACUACAAAAUGGACAUUGUUAUCCAAAAGUUUCUGAAUAUUGAGUAAAUAUCUCGCUUAUUCACUAUUGUACUUUCUCCAUACGCUAACACAACCGAUAAAAAUACAAAGUAUUUAAAAACAUAGAUUAUCAAACACUAACUGAAUCUAUCCACGUAAAAGUAUAAACACAUAUCAAGAAUAUUAAAACCAAUCAGAAAAACAACAUUAAUCCAAAAACACGCAAUAUUUUGAAUAACGCAUCUUUCAACUUGUUACAGACACCUACCGUUGUGCUAAAAAGAAUACUAAACAUAAGUUAGAAAUAUUUGAGCAAAAGCUAUCAAUGUUGUAAGGUCAAAUUUUUUAAACUUCAGAUUUUUGCAAUCUUUAACUGUUUUUAAAUUAACUAUUAGUCAAGUAAGCAAGCAAAAUUUUUAAAAAUAACAAGAAAAACCUUCAUCUGUAAUGCUUGAAACGGAACAUACUGGGCUACGUUGAAAGAGGUGCAGUCGGCUUCCACAGUCGCAAGUCCCGUGGCAAAGGCACGAAACGUGCAAGAAAUAGUGGAACAUGGUAAAAACAUCAACUUUUACACUUUAUUAACACUCCGUACGUAUGUGCCAGUGUACAAUCUUCAAACAGACCGUCGUGGUGGGCUUCUUUCGAUACUUUUCUGGUGUAAGCAAAAGGUUCGUAUGAAAUCAAUAAAGUAGUUAAUACUAGGAUGUGGUAUACUUCAAAUAGUUUUAGGGUGUGUAAUGAGAAGUAUAUGAACAACCAAGAUUGAUUGUAGAAAAUGUUCGAUACAUAGCCAUCAAACCGCAGUCGGAAAUGUAAACAGGCGGUCUACUUUGGACACGUGGUCAAAUUUUAACUGUUUUGAAAAUAAAAUUGACAAAAUCAAUCGACAUCAUAAACUCCAUUCAAAAAUAAACAACCUGUAUAAACUUCAUAGUAAGAUCAGUCAAAUUGCAAGUUUCACAGAACUUUUCGAAAAUCAUAAUUGUUUGAUAUGGUUUGAUAUAUGGAGAAAUAUUACCUGUCUUUUCUUUACCUGUAACAAUGUUAUAAACAUUUUCUACAUGAAAUAUCGUCCACUAUGAAUGCUUACUGGCUCCCGAUAGGUGCUUGUAAAUGUUAUCACAAGUUUUAACACCGAUUUUGGGUAAUUUUUUUGGGAAAGUAGUAAAAAGACUAUGAUGGUAAGCUUUUCCGCUUAAUUCUAGGAAGUACUUAAUGAUAAUAGUUGAGGAUGUUAUAAAUCGGAGUAAACUGCAGUCUCAUUGUUAAUUUGUGGAUAAACAUUCAAUCGAUUCUUUAAUCAACUUCAUUUUAUUCAACAAAUUUGCAAGUUUCCAAAGUAGCCCGUCCAGUCCAAAAGAAGCCCGC